UUCGUUUCCCUUCAUUCUCUCUACCCAGCUAAAACCUUCCUCAAUUUAAUUCCCAUUCCCUCUCUCAGAACUCAUCAUCAUGGCCGUUGAUUCUGAGGUCCCUCGUGCCGAGAGGAGCGCAAAGGCUCUUCAGUUCAUCGAGGAAGUUACAAAAAACACUGACUCCGUCCAGGAGAGAGUCCUCACCGAGAUUCUCACCCAAAACGCCGAGACGGAGUACCUCAAACGCUUCGGCCUCAACGGCGCCACCGACCGUGACACUUUCAAGUCCAAGGUUCCCGUCGUGACCUACGAGGAUCUGCAACCUGAUAUUCAGCGCAUUGCAAAUGGUGACAGCUCUCCCAUCUUGUGCUCUCACCCAAUCUCUGAGUUUCUCACCAGUUCUGGAACAUCUGCCGGCGAGAGAAAGUUGAUGCCAACCAUUCAUGAAGAAAUGGACCGUCGUCAGUUACUGUACAGCCUGCUCAUGCCUGUGAUGAACCAAUACGUGUCUGAUUUGGACAAAGGCAAGGCGCUUCACUUCCUGUUCAUUAAGGCAGAGGCCAAGACACCCGGCGGGUUAGUGGCGCGUCCAGUGCUGACAAGCUACUACAAGAGCGAGCAAUUCAGGAAAAGACCAUUCGACCCUUACAACGUCCUCACUAGCCCCAACGAAGCCAUCCUUUGCCCCGAUUCCUUCCAGAGCAUGUACACUCAGAUGCUCUGCGGCCUCAUCAUGCGCCACGAGGUUCUCCGUGUCGGAGCCGUCUUCGCCUCCGGCCUUCUCCGUGCCAUAAGGUUCCUUCAGCUCAAUUGGGAACAACUUUCCCAUGAUAUCCUCACCGGAACCCUAAACCCAAAGAUCACUGAACCUUCCAUCAAGGAACGCAUGUCCAAGAUCUUGAAACCCGACCCUCAACUCGCCGCUUUCAUUAAAAACGAAUGCUCCGUGGAAAACUGGGAGCGUAUAAUUGUGAGGAUUUGGCCUAACACAAAAUACCUUGACGUUAUAGUCACUGGAGCCAUGGCUCAGUAUAUUCCCACACUCGAUUACUACAGUGGUGGCCUACCUAAACCCUGUACCAUGUACGCUUCUUCUGAGUGUUUUUUCGGCCUCAACCUCAAACCCAUGUCCGAACCCUCUGACGUGUCUUACACCAUUUUACCCAACAUGGGUUACUUCGAGUUUUUACCCCAUGAUGAUUCCUCUCCUGUUACUCUCUCCAAGGACUCACCGCCUCGCUUGGUGGAACUCGCUGACGUGGAACUUGGUAAAUACUAUGAACUCAUUAUCACCACCUAUUCAGGUCUUUGCCGUUACAGGGUCGGUGACAUACUCCAAGUAACUGGUUUCCACAACUCCGACCCUCAAUUCCGUUUCGUGAGGCGAAAGAACGUUUUGCUGAGCAUUGACUCGGACAAAACCGAUGAAGCGGAACUGCAAAAGGCCAUCGAGAAUGCCUCGGAGUUGCUGAAGGAGUUCAAUACCAGCGUUGUGGAGUACACGAGCUUCGCUGACACGAAAUCCAUUCCGGGGCAUUACGUGAUUUACUGGGAGCUCAUGAUGAAGGACUCGUCUCACCCUCCAACGAACCAAGUUCUGAACCAGUGCUGCUUGGUGAUGGAAGAGUCGCUGAACUCGGUUUAUAGACAAGGGAGAGUUGCGGAUAACUCUAUUGGGCCGUUGGAGAUACGAGUGGUGAAGAAUGGAACGUUUGAGGAGUUGAUGGACUACGCUAUCUCGCGUGGUGCGUCGAUAAACCAGUACAAAGUGCCAAGGUGCGUGAGCUUCACGCCCAUAAUGGAGCUACUUGACUCUAGGGUGGUUUCUUUUCAUUUUAGCCCAGCUGCACCGCACUGGACCCCAGAACGUCGUCGUUGAAGGAAGCUAGGGUAACGUACAGCAAUAACAUGCAGUAGUCAUGCAUAAGAUCUAGUAUAAUAAUAAAGAGAAAAAAAAUGGGUGACAGAAAAGGGUAGUUGUUCAUUGUUGUUGUUAUAUUAUCACUGCCAAACCCGAAAGUGUCUGUAUUUGUUGAUUUGAUAUUUCCAAUGAGCUUGUUUUUUUCUCUUCU